AUGAAAUUAUCCAUCUUAGUGUUGACCUCGUUGAUAUCUGCAGUCGUUGCAAAGAAUGUCAUGAAUCUUAAACAGUUCCAAGAAGCUUACGAGCUGGAGACUUCUAACUACAAGAGAUGCGUUAAGGAGAAUGGCGGAAAUAUCUAUUUGACUGACUUGAAGUCCAUACUUGGCAACAUUAAUGAAGUUGCACAGGGGAAAUUAAUCGAUUUGAAGAAAUUAGCGGAAUCUUUGGGCCUGGAGAACUUGCAAGAUGAACUGGAACCUAUUCCUAUCUUUGAUGGUUCAAACAAGGAGAAGAGAGAAGCUAAAAACGUAGUCGCUCUCACCUACUUGCUUGAAGAGGUCGACAAGGAGAUUUCGAAUAAUAAGAGAAGAGAUUUAGAUGACGGCAGAGCCUUCAUUCAACAGUUGAUCCUCAAACCUCAAGUUGUGAUCACCCCUGACCAGCCUAAUGUAGGCGGUUCACUCUUACAGUCUGCCCUCCCUUUGGAGAGAGACAUCUCCAUCUUCGCAGGCUACAUUAGAGAUCAAGUACCGGUUGCCCAGUUAACUGGCCAGUUGGACAACCCAUUACUUAUUAUUGCGCCAACUGACAAUGCGAUUUCCAAAAAGUUGAACGGCUUGAAGCCAUGGGAAUUCCCUAAGGAUGUUGAAGAAGAUGAAGCAGCUGCUGAAGAGAACCUAUCAAACUUUGUUGAAUCUCACAUCAUAAAGGAAAGUGCAAGUUCCUCCUUAGAGCAGUGGGACGAAUUCUUCAAGUCCCAGGAAAACUUAGACAGGAAUAUGGCAUCUUUAAACGGUAAGGUUGUGUCGAUUGUAAGAGAGGCAGGCGAGACUUACGUGCUUUCCUUAAAGGCAGACAAGGAGGGUAUUUCAGCCAAGGGAAAUAAGGUCGAUAAGUUGGUUAGAGUUGAAAACGGGUUCAUUUUGGUUAUCAACGACUCAUUGGUGGUUCCAGAAUAA